AUGCUCAUCGGUAUAUGUGGCCCAAUAUGCGCGGGCAAAGCGACCGUAGCAGACUACCUGAUCAAANAACACAAUUUCACUCCUCUAACAAUCAAACGAGACGAUGGAACCCCUACCAUCGAGAAAUCUGCAAACUUCGCUCACUGGACAUCUGCCGCUCUCGAAUUUCCCACUGCUCUUUUACUCGAUCAAUAUGUGUCUGAGAACUGGAGGGAAAACUAUGUUUUAACCACUAUCUGGAACGAAGCUAUUCUUGACACUUUGGCUAAACGACCUCACUUCAUUUUGUUAAGUAUUGAUGCUCCUAUCAGUGUGCGAUGGCAGCGCUUUCGUGAGAGAUGUGCCCAAGAGAACAAGGAAGCUCCAGCACUGGAUGACUUUGUUUUGCGUAACGACGAGCACCUUUAUGAUCCUUUGUCAAGUCUGGCUACCCUUUCGAGCAGAGCUCAGAUUAGGAUUUUGAAUCCCACAACCACCAUUCCUCAGCUGCAAGCUUCGCUCGAUGCUUUGAAUCUCCUCGACCCUGCCAGGAUGAGACCGACCUGGGACCAGUACUUUAUGCAACUCGCUGAUCUUGCUGCUCGACGAAGCAAUUGUAUGAGGAGACAAGUUGGCUGUGUUCUUGUCCGAGGCAAGCGUGUCAUCAGCACCGGUUACAACGGUACUCCAAGGAAUGUCACCAACUGUAAUGAGGGCGGUUGUGCUCGUUGCAAUACCAGCAAAGGAGGUGGUACCGGGCUAAGCACAUGCUUGUGUCUCCAUGCAGAAGAGAAUGCACUUCUUGAGGCAGGUCGAGAGCGCGUAGGCGAUGGCGCUGUACUAUACUGUAACACGCAAGUCUCUNCCCUUCCUGAUACUACUGCUCGUGCUGACUGUUAUAGUUGUCCUUGCUUGACAUGUAGUGUGAAGAUUGUCCAGGUCGGCAUCACCGAGGUCGUUUUCAGUCAAAGUUACCACAUGGACACUCAGAGUGCAAAGAUCUUCCAGGAGGCGGGCGUGCACCUGCGACAAUAUGCUCCGGUAAGCACCUCGGCAUUUCCGACAGUUCUCACACUGACAGCCAACAGCNCACGAGAGGGUCUCGUCAAUCUUUGUGACCUUGGUAUCGCGAAAUCUGAUCAGGCAUGA